AUGUCAGUGAAGAAAACACUAAAGAAAUUUUUGGGGAUAUUGACUCUUCAAAAAUUUGGAAAACACUUCUGUGUCGCCAAAAACAAGAAAUUACUUAGAAACAUUUUGAACAUCACGUCAGACUUCCUGUGUAAAUUUCUGUCACUUUUAAGACUCUAUUUGCUUCUCUUCUCUGCUCUAUUACAUCUGACCACAACAUUCUCAUUCACAUCACAGAGCUUUUGUGUGGAGUUUUCUAAUAAGGCGGAUGUCCUCAAAAGACACUCCCGUAUCUUCUUGAAAAGGAAAGAUGCAAUAGACUCUGUGUUGCAUUUGUUACUUUACAUAACACCAGCGAACCAAAACCAUUUCCAAAUAUUUGAUAAAGACCAUCCAAUCCAUAUCUCAGUCACUUUAAAACGCUAUACAGUGUUAAUGUCAAUCAUUCAUGCCUCACUUGUCUUUAAAAUUAAACAAAGCGAAUACGACAAUGUAAUAUACACCGUCUCAAUAUUUCUAUUGUUUUUCAACAAUACCAGACACUGCGAAGCGCAGUCUUAG